UCUGUGAAGGAGCAUGGUGGUCAAGAUUCUGUUGGGGGGUCUGGCCGCUCAGCUCAGCAGGAGUCACCCCCCACCCGGUCCAGGAGUGCCAGGGCUUGGUGGUAGUUGAGGGUGCUCGUGGCAAGGGGCCCAGCUGGCGUCACCGUGUUGGUAGGGACUGAGCAGGGCGUGUCCUGAGAGGGAGGUGGGGAAGUGUCCGUGGGCAGCUCACGUGGCCCAGGCUAGAGGUCCCCUCGGGGCCGGAGAAGUGAGUGGGAGGUGAUGUCAGGGUCGCCACUCACAAAGCCGGGUGACUCAGCCCGCUUGGCUCCUCCCGGCAGCUCCCAGCUGUCCCUUUUCCCAGAGCUGUGAAUGAAUGUGGCAGGUCUGGCUGCCCCGUUUUCUGUGCAGACACGAGCGGCAGUCAGGCCUGGCUAGCUACGUGUGUGCGUGCACGAGUGGGGCGUUGGAUCCUGGUUUGAUUUCCAUGUCUUCCAGGAGCCCGGGGAUGCUAUAGGAUAAGCAUUUGGGCUGCUGACCGCGUGGCCAGAGGUUCAAAUCCACCAGGAGCUGCACUGGGUAAAGAGGAGUCUGUCUGCUCCCAUAAAGAUUCACAGUCGUGGAGGGUCGCGAUGAGUCGGCCUGGAUGGGAUGUGCAGUGGGGUGACGUCCCUAAGCCCGUUGGGAAUGUCCCCCUUUUCCAGGGCCUGUCGUAAAGCAUUUGCUGUCUAUGUGACUUGUAUUGGCCGCAUGCUUGGCCCCGGAGCAGGGCCACUCCGAGUCGGCAUCGGCUGGAUGUCAGGGAGGUUUUACGAAACAAGGUGGCGGCCAUCUCGGUCCACAAGUCUUUUGACAGUCUGGCUGGCUCUAUUCUUUUCUUCUUAAGAUUUAUUCCUAGAAAUGAGUUUCAUGGGCCAAAGGAUAUGGCCCUCAGGAAGCCCAUUAACAGCAAAAAACUGCCAAGUUGCUUCCAGGAGGAGAGCAGCUGCCCACGGCCCCGCCAGGGUCAAGUGUUAUUCAACGGAACUAACACAAAGCGUCGUGGAAAUGGCGUCUGCUUUCGUCGUCACCCCGUUUUCUAUCUUAGGUGCACUUGGGGGAUUCUUCUCUUGCCCACUUACGUUUUGCUCUCUCUACCCUUAACCACUCAGCCGUCUCCACUUGCAAAUUCUCCCAGGUGUUUUUUUUCCUCCGUUAAGUCUCUCCAGUUCCCUCGGGUGGUUGAGUCACAGUGCCUCCCAGUGGUGAAGGCUGGUCACAGUUCAGGAAGCAGCCCUUGGUUAGCGCCCUGGGCCUCCCAGAGCCGGCCAACGGGAAAAGGGCGUUUACACAUCCCUGGUACUUUAAGUCAGAGGGAUGCCAGAGUCAGGGGGAGCAGGGAAGGAAACAGCUUGAAGGAUCAUUGAGCGCUGGAGCUAGAAUUGGCGUCUUUUCAAUCUCCAGAUGGAAAACCCAACAAUAGGUGUUGAAAACGUGUCUUAAAAGGCUGAGGGCCCUGGGGACAGGAGUGGAGCAGGGCCUGGGACACUGCCUAGGAGGCCGGAGGUCCUGGAGCCAGAUCUUGGGGCGAGCUCCGGCGGUGGGGGUGCUCCUUGGGCCUCUCUGAUGACUCUUCCCAUAAGUGACUGUCACCGGAGGAGACGCCCGUCGGCUCUGUGUAUCUCGUCACUCACCUCUGUCUGUCCUGCGUGCCCCACAGAUCUCGGCAUCCUCCUUGGAAUGGCCUGGGGGAACGAGGACUUGGAGGUGUGGCCACUGGCCCAGCGAGAGACCUGUGCCUUCACGGGCUACCUGCGGGACAAGCUGCAGUACAAGAACCGGCUGCAGUACAUGAAAUACUACUUCCCCAUCAACUACAGGAUCAGCGUGCCUUAUGAGGGAGUGCUCAGAGUGGCCAACAUCACCAGACUGCAGAGGGCGCGAGUGAGCGAGCAGGAGCUGCGGUACCUGUGGGUCUGGGUGAGUCUCAGCACCAUCGAGUCUGUGCAGGAGGUGUUGCUCCGCGACCACCCGUCCUGGAAGUACCUGGAUGAGGUCCAGACGCUGCUGGUCAACGUCCAGCAAAACCUCAGGGACGUGGAGACCAGUCCUGAGGUGGAGAUGCUGCUGUCGCUCCUGAGUGCCCCAGGGCUGAAGCUGGUGCGGCCCAAAGCGCUGCUGGACAACUGCUUCCGGGUCAUGGACCUGCUGUACUGCUCUUGCUGUAAGCAGAGCUCCUUCCAAGUGUGGCAGGACUGCGAGGUGCCCAGCCCGCAGCCCCCCGCCACCCCGCGGGGCGCCCAGGAGCAGGUGAGCACCCCGGACCGAGGCCUCCGGCCCUGACGCCUGCCCCGCGGCCUUGUGCACACACCGGAGACCCGCCCGCGACUCGGCGCCCCUGGGGAGGAACCCCUGGGGGAAGGCUGCCUUCCUUCGGCUGCCUUUCCCAAGUCGACGUGGUUGCACUUGGAGCUGGGGGCCCCGAAGGUGGACCCGGACCGGGUUCGGGACCCUGCGGGCAGCAGGCAGCCUCCCCAGGGCUUCCCCGUCUGAAACAGCCAGCUGUCCUGGAGUCCCUGCCGGCCUCGGCGCCCCGGUGCGUGUCGGAGGAGAACUGCACUGCGCAGGGAUUUCCGCCGCUGAUUUUCAAAAGGAGGUCGCCAGGCCAUGCUUCUCACACACCCGCGUGGACUUGGCCGGCCGGCCUGCCUCGGGGUCACAGCCGAGUGUGUUAAGCACAUGCACCACCCAGGGACUCCUGAAGGUACUGCAGGUGUCGGGGGACCGGGAGGCAGGUGGGCGUCGGGGAUAGUUGCUGGAGAGGGUGGGUCUGAAUGCCACAUCUUGCCACAGUGGCCGCCCUCCCAGUGGUUUUCUAUUGUUUUCUAUUAAACACCCAUUUUACUUGG